UCCCUGCGGAGUACGAAACAUUCUACAUCUCUGUUGCAAUGUCGCAGACAGCAUGUCCCCCAACACGACCGCUUAGAUUCUGUUGAUAGUGGGAGCGAUGCCGAAACGAAUCGGAGAGGAACUAAUACGAGGGGAAGAGAAACGGCGCCGGGUGGAGCACCGGUCGUCGCCCCAACCUUCCACUCGAGACGAGCCAGUCCAACAUCCGGGACAAGAGCGGGCCGUCCGGCUACAUAUCGUUUACCCUCUUAACGAAGAUGAAAGUAAGACCGACCCAGACAUCGACAUCAUUGCCGUCCAUGGCCUAGGCACGAAGUCGCCCGAUACAUGGGUCUGGAAAGAUCCCAAGGAUCCCAGCAAGCCUGGAGUGAACUGGCUAGAAGACAGACAUAUGCUCCCGAAGUUAGUCGGCCGCGCUCGCAUCUUUACCUGCGACUGGCCGGCCGACCUAUACGAAACGUCGGAACUGACUCAGAAAACGAUCGAGGAAUCUGCUCGGCUUCUACUCAAUGGUAUCCAAGGUCGUGCAAGAGAAAACCGGCCAAUACUCUUCAUCGCGUCAUGUCUUGGUGGCAUCAUUCUGAUAAAGGCCCUUGACAUGGCUACUCAGGAGUACUCUUCUAUUAGAACGGCGACACGGGGGGUUAUUUUCCUUGCCACGCCGUUCCGUGGCUCUUCGUUCAGAAACAUAGCCAGUUGGGUAAAGCCACUGUUGAGGAUAUGGGCUUCCAUACAAAGUAGACGAGUGACCAUACUCCUCAAUCUGACGACACCGACUCUCGAUCUUAGCGAACUCGUACGCCGGUUUACACAGCUUUGUAACGAACACCAGUACGAAAUAAUUACUUUCUAUGAACGACGUGCCACCAAUUUAUUUCGCAGAAUCUUUUAUUAUUUUCCAAACUUUUUUCACACUCCCGAACCGUUGGUUGAUUUUAACUCUGCGACUCUGGAUAUUGUUCCACAUCCACUGCCACUCGACCGAUCCCACAUAUUGAUGAAUAAAUUCCAGGGCCCUGACAAGGCGUCGGAUAAGGAUUUCGAAAAGGUUGCGGGGAAGAUCGAAUGGUCCCUUAAGAAGAUUCGGGCAGGUACACCGCUCGAACAGGCGGACGCCUGGAUAUGUGACAAGCACUAUACGGAGGGGAGACUCAAGAUUCAACGGCUGUCAGGCGAGUUUUUAUCCAUGGACCAGUGCUAUAUCAACCUUGCAAUUAUUAAAAAGCUCGGAGAAGAUGCGCGACUCUCAGAAGGCGGAUCUGGAAAUCUCGAAUAUCAGCCUUCCCCGUUUUCACUCACCAGCCGGUUAAAGGUGCAAACGCCGCCUGAAGAGCUCCUGGUCGAGCUUCCGACGCUCUUCGACCCUUGCAAAAUGCCGAACGGCCACAAAGAGCCGAGAAGAAUAUUAAUCCGUGGUCGUGCCGGGGUUGGGAAAACGACCUUGUGUAAAAAGAUUAUCCAUGACUUCACUCACGGCAACAUGUGGAAGAACUUGUUCAAACGUGUGCUUUGGGUGCCGUUGCGAAAUCUAAAAUCUCGGAAACCCGGUAACUUCGAGAAGCUGUUCUACGAGGAGUAUUUCAUUCAACACCUGGAAGGCAAAGAUCGUGCUCACGAAUUGUCCCGCGCAUUAUUGCAAACUUUGAACACUGAAGGCGAAAGAACGCUAUUUAUUCUCGAUGGUCUCGACGAAGUUCAGAACUUGGGUGGCGAAGAAAAUAAUGAGUAUCGAUUUCUCUCGGAGCUUCUGAAUCAGCCUGAUGUAAUCAUAACGACAAGACCGCAUGCCACACUUCCAGCCAAUGUCGGACAGCCCGACCUCGAAUUAGAAACGAUUGGAUUUUACCCACAUCAAGUACAACACUAUCUCGAAAAGGUCGUGCCAGAUCCGCUUACUGUCCGAGAUAUCCAAUCUUUCCUCCAAAAACACUGGCUUGUGCGGAGCCUUGUUCGGAUCCCGAUUCAGCUAGAUGCGCUCUGCCUCACAUGGGACGACGACAUACGUAAGAACUCCAGCUUACAGACAAUGACGGCCAUUUACAAAGCUAUCGUGUCUCGCCUAUGGAAGAAAGAUGUCUUACGAUAUGGAGGCAAAGAGUAUAUGACGAAUGCUUUUCAAUCAGAGGUUGAAGCGGCAAUGGAAUUCGAGAACGAAAUUCUUGAAUGUUUCGCCUUUAGUGGAAUAUACAGCAAUUUGGUUGAAUUUCAACCAGAACAUCAAGACGCCAUACGCAGGCACACCAUACAACCAUCGGUACGACCAAGCGACGUGAAGUCAUCAUUUUACGAUCGGCUCGGAGGUCUCUCAUUCCUACGUCCAUCAGACCCUUCGGCAGACAUGUCUAACAGAAGUUAUCACUUCUUGCACCUGACGUUCCAGGAGUUCUUUGCGGCGAAGUAUUUCGCACGAAAAUGGGAAUCCGGCGAAGAGCUUGAAUGUUUGGAUCUUAACUCCAAAAAAGCCAAAACUAUUAAGAUUUGUCCUGUGGAUUUUCUGACGCACAACAAGUACAACUCACGCUACAACAUCGUAUGGCGUUUCACUGUAGGGCUACUCGACUCCGAGAAAGUACCGCAGUUUUUUGAACAGCUCAAGAAAAGCCAACCCGACCUUUUGGGACCUACGCACCAACGACUAGUUAUGCACUGUUUGAGCGAAAUGGAUAUUUCGACUGAUUUGAGACUCCGACCAGAAUUAGAGAAAGGUCUAGCAGAAUGGCUACUCUUCGGAUGUGACCUUGGGGUGACGUCCAGGUCGCUCUUGGCUGCGGAGUCUGAGUUUCCAGAUCAAGCUUUACGCACCGCCCUAGAGGCUGCUUGUGAAAAACAAAAGUCUGAAAUAUUGCGUAGUCUUCGUUGGCGAGGCAGGUAUUUGUCGGAGGCGACUGUCAAUUAUCUUGGAACAUUGAUCCCAGAGGUGGAAUCACGAGUCCGAUGUACUGUUAUCGAGGCCCUAGGAUAUCAAUCAAAUUUACCAGAAGAAGUCGUCACAAAGUUGAUGGAAUUGCUUCAAGACAAGGCUGUUCAAGAAUCUGCUGCUAAAGCCAUAAGGCAACAAUCGAACUUAUCAAAAGAAACCGUCACGAAGUUGAUAGAAGUGGCUCAAAAUGCAGGCAGCGAUAUGAAACCCCGAUAUUGUGCUUGUUUGGCCUUGGCAGGUCGUUUAUCGGAGAGUGACCUCGUAGCUCUCGCAACACCACUCAGGAAUUCAGACUCUACAACCCGAGGUCAUAUCCUUGAUAUUUUCGCACGUCAACUGAGUAUACCAGAGCAAGCCGUCACAGUUGUGGUUGCAUUAAUCAACGACAAAUUUCUCUGCAGUCAGGCUAUUCGAAUUUUGGGAAACCAAACAAGCUUAUCGGGAAAAGCUACCACAACUCUCGCACAGCUACUGAAAAAUGCUGAUGUCCGAUAUUAUGUUGCUGGUAUAUUGAAAAACCAAUCGAACUUAUCGGAAGAAACUACCACAACUCUCGCACAGCUACUGAAAAAUGCUGAUGUCCGAUAUGAUGCUGCUGGUAUAUUGAAAAACCAAUCGAAGUUAUCAGAAGAAACUCAUAGCGCUCUUAAGGCAUUGCUUGAAAACAAUGAUGCGCAUAUCCAAUCGUCCGUCGCUGAAGCCUUAGGAGUACAAUUGAAUCUACCUGAACAAACUGUUCAAGCCCUUGUACGACAGCUCGAAGAUGUGGAUGAUGUGGCUAGGAGGAACGCUACUGAAACCUUGGAAAGACAACCGAAUUUAUCAAAAAAGGUUAUCACAACACUUAUAUCACAUCUUGGCGACGAUUCGGGCAUCUGUAGAAGCGCGGCGAGCAUAUUAGAAAAUCAAUCAAGCUUACCAGAAGAAGUUAUUGAAACCAUUCUGCAACUGUUCGAUCAUGUGGAUGGGACUGGUUAUCACCACCUUUUUUCCAUAUUAAAAAAACAAUCGACCCUGUCAGAAAGAAGUAUCACGGCACUUAUAACGUGCCUUAAGAGCAAAUACCAGUACAUCCGUUAUACUGCCAGUGUGAUCUUAAUGAAGCAAACAAGCCUAUCAGAACAAGCUAUUGCAACCCUUCUACAUCUUGUCAAAAAUGUGGAUACUGAAGCCUUCGAAGAACAUCCAAACUCAUCAGGACAAUCUGCAUUAGAUGGAAGCGAAAAUAGAAACGAAACUGCGAGAGAAAAAGAAAGUAUUGAAAUCUGUGAAUACGCUGUUGAAAUCUUAGAAGAACAACAGAACUUGUCAGGGAAGACCACCGAAGCUCCUAUGGCACUGCUUAAAGAUAAGAGAGAAUACGUCCAAUCUGUAGCGGCAGCAGCUUUAAGCCGCCACUCUAACUUACCAGAAGAAGCUAACAUGGCUUUUGUCACGCUACUUAAAAGUAGAGAUUCGGAUAUCAAAUCAAAGGCCCUUCUCGCUUUAAAAAAGCAAUCGAAUUUAUCAAAGGACACUGCCAAAGCUUUCCUAUUAACAUUCAAAGAAACAGACCGAGUUUUCGCCGGAUUUCCCUGCCGAGCUAGUGGUGACUUAAUGAUGGUCUUGGACAAAGCCCUCGCAGCUCUAGAGCCCGUUAAACUUGAUUCCCAAACUAUGGAAUGCCUUUACCGGUUUUUUCUUUGUUACAGUUUUGAGGAACAGUUCUCUCUACAUGUCGAUACAAACUCAAGCUUACGUAUCGACCGGCCAAACGGGUCGCGAAAAAUCUGCCUUGACCAUAGUAGUUCAGCCGAACAAAUUUUGGCCGAAGUUGCAAAAUGGCGGAGUGGUUGGAAUAUCCGCAAUCGCGAGCUGUGGUAAUGGCCUUUUCAGAUGGUGGCAUCUUCUGUUACUCCUACCCGUUGGAUCUACUAAAGGAAUUACACAAGGCUUUGAUUAACUGAUGUGAAAGUCAGAUCAGUCCGUUAGGUGAAAAGGUUGGAAGUUGUAUGCUCAUAGGAAGGGAUAUGCCUAAGAUAAAUCUUGUAAGUGACCGAAUUGAAAGUUGUGGAGGGCAGGGAGGAGCAACAUCCUUAACUGCUGCUGGAGUUUAUGAGCAAUAUUUAUCAAUAUGAAGUCUUUUGAGAAUCAGUCAUUACGCAGUAAAUUAUUGCGAUUAACUACUAUGUAGAGGGGAGAGGGUUGGGAUUCUGGACAGCUGUGAC